AUGCAAGGAAACUGCAACACUUGCAAGAAAACUUCCUCUGAUCUGAAGAAAUGUGCCAAAUGCACAACCACGCUCUACUGUUCUCGAGAGUGCCAGAAGGCGGACUGGAAGACGCACAAGAAGCUCUGUGGCAAACAGGCGCAUGAAAGAUCGGAGACAGGAAGUCAAUCCUCUGCUGCAUCCGUCCUCUCUCCGUCCAAAGGUCUGGAGCAGCCCAUCACUAAGCCCUUCACCCGUCUCGACAAUAACACCUAUCUACAUGAUCGCCCGGAGACAGAUGUCUAUCGAGUGGCCCGUGUCUUGAUCGACGCCUACCGCAUGAGAGUCGAGGAUGAAUACGUCUUCGAACAAAAUACGGCCGUAGACAGCCUCUACGGCGGCGCCGAAUCAGGUAUCGUUGGCUUCCGCAAGUUUCUACGAAAAGCCGCAUCGCGAAGCGGACUCCUACCUCCGUGGUGGAGUGCAGCGAAGCAGAAGGCCUGCGAGAAGCUCGGCAUGGACAGGGACGAGUGGCAGGACCUUCACUGCGCCGUCGAGAAGGGCGACAUCAUCGAGCAUUACGGGGACCAGCGGUUCCCCAUGCAGUUGCGGAUGCUGGCCGAGGCAAUCAUCGGCCGCGGAUUCGGCGGAAACGACGGCACCCAGAUGAGGAAGAUGAUGGCUACCAUGGAAAACGGCGGCGUGGGCGCUGGGGGUGGUAAUAUGAUGACGAUGGACCUUUUGACUGGCAAUCUCUCGGCUCUUCGCGCAUGA